CAGGACCGAAGCUUUUAUUUUGAAAAGCGGCGCUAUUUGUUCGUGAUGACGAUGUUUCCGGUUUCCUACGUGAGCAGGUCCACGUGUGUUGAGCUGCAGUGUAUCGGUGUGAAAUGACGCAGUCAGGCGGUGUGGUGAAGCCGAAGACGAGGCGCUCAAAGCGUUUCCUACAGAACAGAGAACCCAAAGUGACGGAGAACUGCAAGAACACCAUGAUUAUGAAGGGAGGAAACACGAGUCACACCGUCACUGAAGCCCUCAGAGACCUGUACGCGUUAAAGAAACCGAAUGCUGUUCUGUAUAAGAAAAAGAACAUCAUGAGGCCGUUUGAAGACUCCACGUCACUGGAAUUCUUCUCUAAGAAGUCAGACUGCUCGCUGUUCCUCUUCGGUUCUCACAACAAGAAACGACCCAAUAACCUCAUAUUUGGUCGAAUGUUUGAUUUCCAUGUGUUGGACAUGUUUGAGCUCGGCAUUGAGAAGUUAACAUCACUCAAGGAGUUCAAGAAUAGUAAGUGUGCAGAGGGGACGAAGCCAAUGUUAGUGUUUGCAGGUGAACUGUUUGAGACUGAUAAAGAUUACAUACGGCUCAGGAGCGUUCUAACAGAUUUUUUUCGAGGUCCCUCUGUAUCUGCAGUGCGUCUCGCUGGUCUGGAUCACGUUCUUCACAUCACGGCUCUAGAUGGGAAAGUUUACCUGCGCAGCUACAGGGUGCUGUUGAAGAAAUCAGGCUGUCGGACACCGAGGAUUGAGUUGGAGGAAAUGGGUCCGUCAUUAGACCUGGUUGUGAGGAGGACUCACUUGGCCUCAGAUGACCUGUACAGGACCGCACUCAGACAACCCAAAGGGGUCAAGCCCAAGAAGAAGAAGAACGUCUCCCACGACGCCUUUGGCACCAAAUACGGCCGCCUGCACAUGCAGAAACAAGACCUCAGCAAACUGCAAACGAGGAAAAUGAAAGGUCUGAGGAAGAGAAAAAUAGACGUUACCAUGGAGACUGGAGAGAUGACGUCACUCAAGAAAUCUAAAACUCCGGAAUAAAGGCAUCAGUGAUAAAGGACAUGAACAUUUUUAGUAAAAACCUCUGAUCUGUAAAGUCCAAGCUGCUGUACUGGAGCACAUCUGUACGAGUCGCAUUUUUUCAGUAAUUUGUAGUGUUUAUUUGUGAAGGUUUGGGUUCUGGUUUCUUUACAUAGUGACAAUAAAUCACUGAAUAUUUUCACUGUU